AUGGAGUUUGAGACUCACGAAGAUGCGUAUUUGUUUUACAAAGACUACGCGAAAUCAGUUGGUUUCGGAACUGCGAAACUGAGCAGUCGAAGAUCCAGAGCUUCAAAGGAAUUCAUCGAUGCUAAAUUCUCCUGUAUACGUUACGGAAGCAAACAGCAAUCCGAUGAUGCGAUUAACCCUAGAGCUUCUCCCAAAAUCGGUUGCAAAGCGAGUAUGCAUGUGAAACGAAGACCUGAUGGGAAAUGGUACGUUUACAGUUUCGUUAAAGAGCACAAUCACGAGCUUUUACCAGAACAAGCUCAUUUUUUCAGGAGCCAUAGAAACAACAACACUGAUCCUGUGAAAUCAGAUUCUAGGAUUAGGAGGAAGAAGAACAAUCCUGCUUGUAAACAUCUAAGUGCUUACCAUGAUUUUAGCUUUUUAGAUGGUUAUAUGAGGAAUCAGCAUGAUAAAGGAAGACGUCUAGUUUUAGCCAAUGGUGAUGCUCAGAUCUUGCUUGAGUUUCUUAUGCGUAUGCAGGAAGAGAAUCAGAAAUUCUUUUACGCAGUUGAUUUCAGUGAAGAUCAUGUAUUGAGGAAUGUGUUCUGGGUUGAUGCAAAAGGGAUUGAAGAUUACAAAAGUUUCAGUGAUGUUGUUUCUUUCGAUACGACUUAUUUCGUUAGUAAGUAUAGAAUUCCGCUGGUUGUUUUCAUUGGAGUUAACCAUCAUGAACAGCCUGUGUUGCUUGGUUGUGGAUUGGUUGCAGAUGAAACAGUUUAUACUUAUGUCUGGUUGAUGCAAUCUUGGUUAGUAGCAGUGGGUAGUUCGACGCCGAAAGUAAUGCUUACUGAUCAAAACAAUGCUAUAAAAGCAGCAAUCGCGGCUGUUUUACCGGAAACUCGUCAUUGCUAUUGCUUGUGGCAUGUAUUGGACCGGCUUCCUCGGAAUCUGGACUAUUGGAGCAUGUGGCAAGAUACUUUCAUGAAAAAGUUGUUCAAAUGUAUAUACAGGUCAUGGUCUGAGGAGGAAUUUGAUAGGAGGUGGUUGAAAUUGAUAGACAAGUUUCAUCUUAGAGAUGUUCAGUGGAUGCGGUCUUUGUAUGAGGAACGUAAGUUCUGGGCACCUACCUUUAUGAGGGGGGUAACAUUUGCGGGGUUAUCAACACGUAAUCGUUCAGAAAGCGCCAAUUCUUUGUUUGAUCGGUAUGUUCAAGCUGAAACUUCACUUAAAGAUUUCUUAGAAAAGUAUGGGCUAAUGCUAGAAGAUAGGUAUGAAGAGGAAGCUAAGGCAGAUUUUGAUGCUUGGCAUGAAGCACCUGAGGUGAAAUCUCCAUCGCCUUUUGAGAAGCAGAUGUUAAAUGUAUACACCCAUGAAAUAUUCAGGAAAUUCCAACUUGAGGUUCUGGGUGCUGCUGCUUGUCACCUUACGAAGGAGAGCGAGGAAGGAACAACUUACAGUGUAAAGGACUUUGAAGACGAUCAGAAAUAUUUGGUGGAUUGGAAUGAAUCGAAUUCAGAUAUAUACUGCUCUUGCCGUUCCUUUGAGUACAGAGGAUAUUUAUGUAGACACGCAAUUGUUGUUCUCCAAAUGUCGGGUGUUUUCACCAUUCCGAUAAACUAUGUGCUGCAAAGAUGGACGAAUGCAGCUAGAAACAGACAUCAGAUCAGUGGAAACCUUGAAAUUGUGCAGUCUAAUAUCCAUCGUUUCAAUGAUUUUUGCCGGCGAGCCAUUAUAUUGGGAGAAGAAGGAUCUCUUUCCCAAGAAAGUUAUGACGUCGCCAUGUUUGCAAUGAAAGAAGCUUUUAAAGAAUGUGCUAUUAAAAUUAAUACCAUUGAAAAUCCCGCAAUGUUUGAAGAAGCUGCAAUUCAACCGAGAGAUCCUUCUGUCCAAGAAGGAAAUCAAUAUGGAUCUACAUCGAAGCAGAUUGGACUCGAACCUAACAUACAUGCAGGCAAUGCUUCAGGACAAGCUGAAGCCAGAAGGGAUAAGAGAAGUAGCCUAAACAAUGCAUCUAAAAAAGCAAAGCAUGUGACUCAAUCUGGGACUGUUGGUGAGGGAAGCCAAGAAGGAUUUCAACAAGCGGCUGCUCCAACACCGGCGCAGGCGGUAAUGGCAGGGCAGUUCCACAACACGAUGCCGGGAAUGUUCCAAAACGUAAUACCCACGGAGUUUCACAACAUUCAGGGUACAAACAUGCACCAAAACAACCCCCCUGGUUAA